GUUUUCCGGAAGUUUACCAACACCUGCGACGACGGCUCGUCGAAACAUGGACACAGCUGGCUUUUCGUGUGGGAUGUCGAGACAGCACAAAGCAGAGUGAGGAAGUGGACUUCAGACGCAGGUCUGAUUGAGUGUAGAAGAUGACGUCCCCAUGGUGUACACUUGGAAACAAAAUCACCUCUCUGGGUCUGGUUGACCUCUCCAAACGCACACAUAUGUCAAACUCUGGCAUAUCUUGUGUCGUGAUAUUCCCUGACAGCAGAACACACACUUUUACAGUCAGCAAACAUGAUGCUGGGCUUUUAUUAUUUGACCUUGCUUUUGAACACCUGGGCAUAAUAGAGAAGCAGUACUUCAGUCUCCAGAUCACUGAAGACACCUCUAGUUCACCUAGGUGGCUGGACCCUAGCAAACCUUUCAAAAAGCAGCUUAAAGGUUCUGCCCCCUUCUGUUUUAUAUUCCGAGUGCGGUUCUUCAUCUCUGACCCUAACUCUCUUCAGCAUGAACAGACCAGGCACUUUUAUUUUUUGCAGAUUAAGAAAGACAUUCUCGAUGGCAGGUUAAAGUGUCCAUUAAGUUCUGCUGUGGUGCUGGCAUCCUAUGCCGUUCAGUCUGAAUUUGGAGACCAUGUUCCUGAGACUCCUCCUGGAUAUCUUGACCAUAUCCACUUUCUUCCUGAUCAGGACAAAGACUUCCUUUUUAAAGUGGAGUCACUGCAUCCUCAGCACAAAGGCCUGUCUCAGAGUGAGGCAGAGUUGUGUUAUCUGAACACAGCUAGAACCUUGGAUCUCUAUGGAGUAGAGCUUCACAGUGCACGGGAUGCUAGUAACCCAUGUCUCUGGGUUGGGAUUGCAUCAGGAGGCGUGGCCACGUUUUGCAAUUUGGUUUGUUCCAAUUUCUUCCCCUGGAUCAAUAUAAUCAAGAUUUCAUUCAAAAGAAAGAGAUUCUUCAUCCACCUUCGGCGGAAACAUGGGGAGGUUGGACAACAAGUUGUGUCUUUGUCCAUGUCCAGCUCUCGUUCCUGUAAAAACCUUUGGCGAUCCUGCGUGGACCAUCACACAUUCUACAACAGAAAAAACUCUCAUGCAGUCUCCAAACCUAAGUACAUUUUCACAUUGGCAAAUCCACCUAUGAUUUCUGAUUUCAUUUUGCUUUUGGGUUCCACCAGUGACUGUUUCUUGAUGUGGGUGUGUUGUAGGUCUGUCUCUCUGUAUAGGAAACUAGUAGGAGAGGUGAUGUGGAACCCUUUAAUAAAGUCUCUUUCCACUGAACAUCUGGAAACCAAAAGUCUCCCCUCUAGAUCUCCACCCAGUACACCUAACUGGCGUAGCCCUCGUUUGCGUCAUGACUUUCGUAAGCCACGUCCAUCUUCUGUAGACAAUCUUACCAACGAAAUGAGUUAUGUGACAGAGAGUGAAGAUGUGUUCUAUACUUACAGGAAAGCUCAGGAAGAUGAGAAGCCCAGCAGUGUCCAGUCCCAAACUGAUGACACUUUGGAUGAGGAAGAUUGGCAGUGUCUCUGGGAUAAGGAUAUGGCAGCUGAUGGGGAGCUUCUGCUAAUCAGAAUCAGCCCUGACAAAGAUGGCAAGUUUGGAUUCAAUGUCAAAGGAGGUGUGGAUCAGAAGAUGCCUUUGGCGAUCUCUCACGUAAACCCUAAUUCUCCGGCUGGUCACUGUGUGCCUGCAUUGCUGGAGGGAGAUCAAGUGCUCUUGAUAAAUGGGCGUGACAUUUCAGAACACACACAUCAACAAGUGGUCAUGUUCAUCAAAGCCAGCAGAGAGUCCCACAGCAAGGAGCUUGCCCUGCUUGUACGCCGAAAAGGCAUCUCUUUGCGAGCUGAAACACCACUACAAUUUCCUGGCAGUUUUAGCCUUCAAGAAGAAAUUCCUCCAUCUCCCGCUCACCCAUCUGGAGAGACACUGCACGAGUCGAUGACCCGUCUGGAAAGGGGACUGAAUUCUGGUACUUUGCUCAUGAAAUUUGAGAAGUUACACAGGAAGAAAGCAGGACUGUUAAUGUCUUGUGCAAAGCUGUCUGAGAACAUGGAAAAGAAUCGGUACAAAGAUGUAUUACCGUAUGACAUCACCAGGGUGGUGUUACAGACGGAGGAGGAUAAUUACAUCAAUGCGAGUCAUGUGAAGACUGAGCCAGCAGGUACCACAUUACGGUAUAUGGCAGCACAGGGACCAUUGCCCCACACAUGUACUCACUUCUGGAGGAGUGUAUGGGAGCAGGGAGUCAGUGUGAUCAUCAUGCUGACCACACUGACCGAGAGAGGACGGACCAAAUGCCACCAGUACUGGCCUCAUCCUCCUGAAGUGAAGGACUACGACUACCUUCAAGUGUGCUGUCAUUCCGAAGAGUGUAACCUGGCCUAUGUCACCAGAGAGAUAACGCUCACACACACUCAGCUGGGUGAACAGCGCACCAUCACGCACCUACAAUAUGUGGCCUGGCCAGAUCAUGGGGUCCCAGAUGAGUCUUCAGACUUCUUGGACUUUGUCAAGGCAAUGAGAAUCAAACGAAGGGACACUGAACCACUUAUGGUCCAUUGCAGUGCUGGGAUUGGACGGACAGGUGUGUUCAUUACCAUGGAGACGGCCCUGAUCCUGAUGGAGGGGGCACAACCAGUGUAUCCUCUUGAGAUUGUCGCUUCACUGAGGGAGCAAAGAGCCAUGAUGGUCCAAACCUCGUGCCAAUUCAGCUUUGUAUGUCAGGCCAUCCUGCAUGUGUACCGAGAGAGAUUCAAACACAGCCAAACAACUAGCAGCUGACAAGAGGAGGACAGGAGGAAUGGAUAUGAAUACAGAUAACAUAAAGAGAUAAAAAACCAGUUGGCUGUUAGGCAUGAUGGAUGAUCGGUUGUAAGAGGGAGAUUUAUCUAGUUUUUUUUUUUUUGUGAAGUCUUCUGCUUUCGUAGGUGCAGAGCUGAUGACUGCUGCAAAAGAAAAGUAGGAAAAAGUAAUGAAAAAUUAUCCAUAGAAAUAAUUAAUAGUAAAGAAAACUCGAGAUCACCUCAAAUACACUACUUCUUCUCAUUGUAGUGCUGCAGCUUUGAUGUGCAGGUCACAGUUCAACUGAAUCUGUCGCAUCACUGACAUGGAAUCAUCUCCCUCAUUUCGGGUUAGGAGAAACAUCGAAAAAUUACAUUUUCAUAGGGUUCAAAGAAUGUAAACUGACAUGCAGGAUAAAUUAUAUGCAUCUUUAGCAAGAUUCAAAGUUUUACUCCACUAGUUAAAGAUAAAUAUGCAAUAGUACUGCACAGCAGUCAUCCAAGCACUUACUGAUACUCAUACACCACCAUGCUGCUAAUAAACAUUCAUCUCCACAAAAUUUUACAAGCAAGAGACCAAAAAAAACCCAAAAACCCAAGACCAGUGGUGCUCUCAGAACUGUGUAUCUUUAUGCAUUCAUUCACUCAUGUUGUGUAACCACCUCGUGCUGGUUGGUGUCGCAGCGGCUCUGGAGCCUAUCAUGGGAACAUGAGGUGUAUGAGGCACCAGUCCAUCACUAUACACAUACAUUCACUCUUGAUGCAAUUUAGCCUCAUCAGUCCAUCUACUGACGUUUUUUGGGGAGUUGGGAAGAAACCCGGAGGAAACCAUGGAAACAGGGAAAACAUGCACUGAAACUUGUGCAGAUCUUAAGAAGACAAAAAGCACUUUGCCACUUUUAGACCUGUAUAAUUAUAUUGCAUACACACACACAUUCACAGUCUAAAUAGAAAUUCUUCUACAACAAUUAUCACUUUUUAAUAAAGAAAUAAAUACUG